AUGAGCCCUCUUCAAAUUGCUCUUAUUCUCGGUUCUAGUAGACCUAAUCGUAUUAGCCCUCAUGUGGGCAACUGGGUUAAAACAAUACUUGAAUCGAGUGAGGCCUCGAGCCCCCAGUUCUCCAUAGCGACGGUCGACAUCGAUACGUUUGGUCUACCUAGUUUCAACGAGCCUGUCUCUCCCGUGUUGAUCAAGGACCUAUCAAAAUUCACCAGUCAAUCUGCGCGGCUCUGGAAUCAUGAAAUCGCGAAAUACGAUGCAUAUAUUGUUGUUUCUCCGGAAUAUCACCAGGGCAUUCCUGGCUCACUUAAAAAUGCCUUGGACUUCCUGUAUCAUGCCUGGGCCGGAAAGCCAGCGAUGAUUGUGACUUAUGGCAUCAUGGGAGGUUCCUCCGCCAAUGAAAGUCUCCGUGUGAUUCUCGAGAGAGGAUUCGGAUUGAAAGUGUCUUCAUUCUCUCCAAGGCUCGAAUUCCCCGGUCGAGACCCCACGAAGAACAAUGCCAGCCAGGCGUUAAUGGAUGCGAUGCAAGGCAAGUUGUCUGUUGAGACCACGGGAUUUUGGGAGGGUAAAAGAGAGGAAGUAGUCCAGGCAUUCAAGGAAAUAUUGGAAUCUGUCACUGUAGUGUAG